UUUUGGGAGAAGCACGCAGAAACCGGAAGUCCGUGGGGGAAGACUGGCCCGUGGGAACCUAGAGCUUUAGCGUGGAGGAUGAACGUCCCUAGUCUCCUCUUGGCGGGAGGGAGAUGGAGAUGUUUUCCACUUCCAUUAGGGUCCUCCUUAUUCCAGACCCUAUAUAAUUCCUGCUGUCGGAAAGAAUCCACUGCACCAGAGAAAAUCAUUCCCCAUGUUGAUUUUUCUGAUGAGACUGCAAAGGAGUCUGGAAAGACAUUUGGCAAGCUCUUUUCUUCAGAACAGCAGGCUUCCAUCUUGCAUGUGUUGAAUACAGCAUCUAAUAAAGAACUUGAAGCUUUCAAACUGCUUCGUGGAAAAAAGUCCCUCAAUAUUGUAGAACACAGAAAAAAGUUUGGACCAUUUCAGAAUUUGGAGAGUUUAAUGAAUGUGCCCUUGUUCCACUAUAAAAUCACCAUUCAAGUUUGUAACUCCAUUCUUAAUCCAGAGACUGAAGGGAAAAAAAAGACGCUACAGGAAAGUCGGAUCUUGAGAAAGCUCAUCAAACCAGAAAUAGGAAGAGAGAGAGUUAAGGCAGUUAAUAGUAUAGUAUCCAUUGUUUCUGGUACUCGAAGACUUGCCUGGGCUCACCUCGAUCGUAAAUUGGCAGUGCUGGACUGGCAGCAAACCGAAUAUUGCCAAUUGAUGAAAGGAUCAUACCUAUCAUCUGUCUAUUUAGAAGAGAUUUCUUCAAUCAUUUCAAAGAUGCCUAAAGCUGACUUCUAUGUUCUGGAAAAAACAGGACCUUCAUUCCAGAACCCGUCUCUCUUUCCUGUGCUGUUGCAUUUUCAUAUGACAGAAGCCAUGCUGUACGCCUUACUGAAUGUGACGUUUGCCCAGGAUGGUCAUCACCAGGUGCUGAGCAUGAAUCGGAAUGCAGUGGGGAAGCAUUUUGAGCUGAUGAUUGGGGACACACGGACUAGUGGGAAAGAGGUGGUGAAGCAGCUCCUCUCAGAGUCUGUACUGAAAGAUGAGCCUCGGGUAUUCUUCCCCCCAGAGAAGAUAGUCCGCUACAGACAGAUGUUUUCAUCUACUGAACACAACAGAGUGGAGGAGUUAUAUGAUUCAUUAUUACAAGCUAUUGCCUUCUAUGAACUGGCUGUUUUUAAUACUGAAUCUUAAAAUUCUGAGGUUAAUAUGUUACAUGCUGUUAAUAUUCUAUGAAUUUAUAUUUAUUAGCUCCUAAGUUGUAAAAGCAACUGUUUUGAACAUCCAUGUUAACGGAGAAGAAAGCACAAGUUUGAAUGGAUUUAGAUGUUUAAAGUCAGAGUUUUGGCUCUUGAAUGGUUUAUAUAAUAAUAAACCAAGGCUAAAUCAAUAAAUAUGAGAUCCUGUGCCUUUCAGGUUUAAGUGUUAAAAAACAUGAUGUUCCUUAAACAUCCAAAACGGGGAACAAAGUUAUCUUCCUUGAAAGGUAAGUGCCAUCUACACUAAAAGAUCUGCAUUAUUAUAUUGUUAAAGUGAGGACUAAUGAAUUUUCUGGAUGGUGCUCAUCAUGGGAAUAAAGCUAAAUAUAAUCAACAACACAA